UCAACAACUAAAAAACAAGGAAUUCGCUGUUUUCGAAUAUGGCCGCCGGUAAGGAGGAAGUGGAUUAUGUUCGUAAAAACUUAAUUCACGCUGAUACCGUAAAGAAGGAGCAAAGAUAUCAAAAACUGCACACAGAGUUCAGCAUCAACCCUUUCAGGAAAUUACAUGUCCUCCCAGACAAACCCAUGUCCAGGAAACCACCAGAAGCACUAUUAGAGGACACAACCUUUAUUGAGGCUUACCGAAGGGUCCACAUGGAACCAGCAAAGAAAUAUCCGGCACCCAUCACUGAAAGUCAAGAGAUUGGAUGGAUUGCCGGUCCACUGAUCCAAGAGAACCAUCAAGACCCAAGAUUUAACUUCCGCCGAUUCAAGACAGAUAUCACAAAAAAUGCAGUUUUUUUCCAACGAGGCUUAAAAUAAACCAAGAGAAGUGA